AUGGCGGACGCAGCGCACGAGCUCUCGUCCUUCCUCGGCGAGCACUUCGGCGCCGAGGCGGCCGAAAUUCUGAUGGAUCCUCCCGGUAUGGAGCCUCCGCUAGCCCAGGAGACCGCUGAGGCUGUCGCCGCCGCGCAGGCUGUGCAGCAACAGGAACAGGAGCAUCUACUCGACAGCGAGGAGAUGAAGGGCACCCCGCCGCCUAGGGAGCGGAAGGACCUUUCCGGCCUGGAGAUCACAGCGACAUCACUGCGAGCCGAGAACGAGCGGUUACGGAAAGCGCUCGCGGCGCUCGAGGGCGAGGAAGCCCAUGCGACUGUCGAGUCGCUGGAGACCGGGGAGGACGGCAACUUGAUCGCCCAGCAUACCCUUCGAGAGCUCGCCUCCGCAGCUGUCAGCGAGGCUGCCUUCGCCACUUUCGAGAGCCUGCAGCAACAUCUUGAGCAACAGGCUCAGGCGCAAGCUCAGGCUCAGGCGCAGGCUCAAGCCCAGGAGGAGCAGCAGCAGUCGCUUGACGUAUCUGCUGCUGCCGCUGCUGCUGCUGCUCUGGCCCCACCGCCAAUGGGUGAGGCUUCGGCGUCCGACUUUCUGCACGGACUUGUGGCGCAGAUCACUGAGUCUUCGCCGAGAUCUACUACGGCGGACCCCUUCCUCUUAACGCAGCAGGCGCUCGAGGCAGAGCUGGCGUCAACCCGCCAGGCCAUCGUGGAAAAGGACGUGCAGCUCCUCAGCGCCAAGGAAGGGAGCACGCCGGCCGCUUCGGUCCCGCCGACGGACCGGACGGUACUUGAAGCGCAGAGCUCUAAGAACACGAUCGCACUCGAAAACAGCACCAAGCUGGCGGACGUGCUCCGCGACUUGGCUCAGCGGCUCGAGGCCGAUGUCGCUGCGCUCAAGGAGGACAUUGCUGCUCGGAAGGCUGAGCUGCAGUCCAUGGCCAGCGAGGAACAGGCACUUGACGUGCAGCGCGGUGCGCUCAUCGACGUGCGGGCGUACGUGGAGGACGUGCUGAAGAUGUGGAAGGAGAAAGGAACACUGCCGGCUGCGCCCUUACCGCAGUUCCCGUUGCUCCUCCGAACAACGCAGGACCCUGCAGCAGGCGCGGGUUUCACCCCGCCGCCAUCCUCGCUGCCCAAAAAGCGCGGACGCCCAGCUCGGUCCGCGCAGAAGGCGUCCGUCGUGCCCGCCGCCCUCGCGCACCUGGUCCCGGAUCAGGAGACGGUGCGCCAGCGCGAGGCUGACACGCCGAUGCGAAGGAAAGGUAUUAAGCGCUCCAAGCAUGAACUCGAGCGUGAGAGGCAACGUGAGGCAGAGGAGGGAGAGAUGAUGCGCAACCUCGUCGGCAUGGGCGUAUGGGCUAGGGACGCAUACGAUGUGUCGAUUGAGGACGACUGA